CAUUUAGAUGAUACUCAUAGACCACAACUCAAACAUACGAACAAUUCAUUGAAGCAAAAGUUUGCCACAACUUCUCUCAAUGAUAUAUUCAUUAGUGUAAAGACUACUAAGAAAUUUCAUUCAACGAGACUCGAUGUCAUCCUCAAGAGUUGGUUCGCUUUGGCUAAAGAACAGGUAUUUAUCUAUCAAUUAGAUCUGAUGCGAGAACUGUUUGAAAGCUGCGAAAGACUGAGAAUACGUUUAUUUAAAUUAGCGAAUGAUUUCAGUGAAGACGACCCCAAUCUGACCACUCUUUUCAAUGCGAACGACGAGUUGACAAAAGUUAUCAAUAGUUAUAAACACAGGUUUGGUGUCGUCUCCAAAGAUACUUCCAAUAACUCGGGCGUCACUCAAACCAAUCAAAUAAGUCUUUUAGACGUUACGUCUCCAGUGCUUGAAUCUGAAAACAUAGCCAAUGACGUGGAACUACUCGACGAUCACUUUUUUACAUCCGGUCUUUCAAAUACAAACGGCGCUAAAAAUAAUACUUUAAAUGAUUUACAAGAAUUAGGGGAAAUAUUUUCACAAAAUAAGAUAGAAUUAUCACCGCUUAAGAACUCUUUAGUCAAUGAUAUUUUACUCCCGGAACCGAUAAGACCAUCGAAUUCUAGUACAUUAGUGAAUGAAAGUGAGAAAAAGUCCAAAUCUGGUCCAAUGUCUGCGUUGGCAGAACUCGAGGCUCUGAGUGAGUCUCUCAUCAAAAGCAAUCUCUCGAGCGAUGAAUUGAAACACAAAUACAAUCUCUCGAACAGCGAUCAGCCAAAGACCUCUUUGAAUGAAUUACAAAGACUUCAGUCAAACGCUAAGAUAAUGAGUCAAAAGGAGAAGAAUGAAACCAAUGAUUCUGUGCUACCGUUAACUGAUAUAAACGUUUCACUCGAUUCUAUUGAACCCAAUGAUACCAAACCGAUCACUCUUUAUGAGAAAAAUCAAAUAAAAGUCAUUUUGCAUUUGACAUCAAAUUCGCCACGAAUUGACGUCAAAGUAGUUGUGAUAACAAUUGUGAACACAAAUCCACAUCCAGUCUCUAAUAUUAACUUUUUAGCGGCUGUUCCUAAGGUAUGA